AUGCAUCCGCCACCAAAGGAGCCCCGUGCAGAGGGUGUGAAGCUCAUUGGGAUGCCACCUGUGGUUGAGGACCGACCUCGAGGGAUUAGCACGGCACUCAACGGCAGCAACUUCGCUCCGACCCAGCGUUUCGUGCGACACAAAGUAUCAUGUGUGCACCCGAACGCUAUCGCGCAGAGCCAGCGGGAUAUCCAAGCAAAGUUGGAGAAGAGAAUGGGAGAAAAGAAGCAUCGAGAAGACCUGGAAGAGCGCAACAUGCUGGCGCUGUGCUCUCUGGGCGACAAGUCGUACAAGCGUCCUGAACACUCCCCCGGCUUCUUCAACCUACAGCUGCAUCCCCGCCACUUGAACAUUGGGAGCAACAACGACGCGAUGGAGUCGUCCAGGCGGCAAGCGACAGAUAUGGACAACGAUGACCCUGGUACGCCUCACGUUCAGACCACGUACGAGACCAAAAAGAAGAUUCAGAUGCUGCUCGAGGAGAAGGCAGGCGUCACGCUGCUCAGCACAUCCAAGGCUGGCCAGUUGAGCUGGGAGGACUGUACAGGAAACAGGACGUGGGUCAAGAAGACUUCCAACGGACCUGCACAGGAUGGCCGGGACGAGGACGAUACUGGAUAG